AUGACCGGGUCCAGAGAUUCAGUAACGGGACCAGUUCUGGACCGAGGGUCCAGUAGACCCUCGGCUGUGAUCCAAUCCCCAACCGUGUGUUUCCCACCACCACUAGGGGGCGCUGACUUUGUCGUGUCUUUCAGGCCGGUUCCUGCUCCCCGGUGCGAGGACCAGGAGGACACGGAGACCUCCAUCAUGGCCGCCGCCGACCGGCUGCUGGACCUGAUGUUCUCCUGGAUCCGGCAGAGGGAGCGCUGUGCCGAGCAGCUGGAGACCCUGGCCCGGGAGCUGGAGUCCCUCAGGGAGAAAUGCAACGCCGGGCAGUGCGUCGGCAGCAGCGUGGCGGUGGCGGGCGCUGCGUGCCUGAUCGGGGCCGGCGUGGCAGCGGUGCUGACGGCUGGAGCGGCGGCUCCAUUCCUCGGCCUGUUGGGGGCCGCGUAUUCAGGCGUGGGUGUCACGGUAUCCGUGGCGACUAAGAUCACGGAGAACUUCCUAUCCGGCAGCACGCUGAAGGAGGCGAGGACCAUCGAGCAGAGCAGCAGCAACAUAGCAGAAGAAAUCCAGAACGGGUUCGAGCGACUGAAGGCGGAGCAGCGGGAGGCGAGGUCCUUCGCCGACCCGGACGAUCUGGACCGGCACGUCAUGACGGAGGUCCUGAGAGCCCUGGCCCGGCGGAGCGGACUGGAUCGGGGAAUCGACCUCCGCAUGCGGGGCGACGAUAUCCAGUUUUUCUUCAGUAAAGGACCCCGGUGCACGGGGCCCCGCCUGGUCUUCAGCAUCGCAGCCCUCACCGGAUAUUUGGGAAUUUUAGCUUUCUUCACAUUUAAAGGUAGUGGGAAAAAAUAUACAUAUUUAAUUACUAAAGGAACGGGACAACUCGUCAAACUGCUGUCUUCAGCUGCAUUUAAAACAGUCCUCAAAGGAGGGGCCAUCGCUGUGGGGGGGGCGGUUGGGAUGGCGUUUGCACUUCCUGAGGCGAUUGACAACUGGACAGAGCAGAUCAAGAAGAAUCACGUGACUGAAGCGAGCCAAUCACUGAGAGACACAGCCAAGGCCAUCCGGAAGAUGACCCGGGUCCUGAGGGACCAGUUUGACGACAUGAAGUAA